AUGAGCGCCACUCCCUCGAACCGGCUCAGACUGACGCCGGGAAAUUCCCCUUACCUUCAACAACGAUCUAAUCGAAGCCCUCUCCGAGGGCGCCUGCCCCAUGAGACCCGGCUUUCCCUCAAACGAGUUAUUGGCACGACCUGCGCUUCGCCUACAGGCUUCGACACCGUAAACUCAUCCUUUGCCUACAUAGCAGGCGGUGCUGUCGUCGUUGUCGAUGUUGACGGGGAGCACUACGCCCAGCGCUUCUACCGAGCCCGCCCGACUGCGAACCCGGUAUACGGCUCUUCGGCAUUAACAAACACCUACUCGGCGCCCUCGACGCCCAAGGCUAACGAUAGCAGGAAUCGCACCGCGAUUGGGAUCCGGGAUUCGCAGAACUGGAAUGACUCGCCGGGAUCGACGUGGACCAGCCGUGAGCGCAUCAAGGCAGCGACGUGUCUGGCGCUGAGUCGGGACGGGAGAUAUUUGGCAGUCGGAGAGACGGGCUACGCGCCUCGCGUGCUCAUCUUCAAUCUCGAGGACGCGUCAUCUGAUGUGCCUCUGGUGUCCAUCAGCGAGCAUGGGUUCGGUGUGAAUGCGGUUGCUUGGUCGGCGGAUACCAGGUGGCUUGCUUCCCUGGGAACGGCCAACGACGGCUUCCUUUACAUUUGGAGAAUCGACCCUCGUACAGGUGCUGCCAAGCUGUACCAGCAGAACAAGUGUACCUCCACCAUCAAGGGCAUGGUGUGGAUGGGCAGCAGUCUUAUCACACUCGGCGUGCGACACAUCAAGAUAUGGAAAGUUGAGGAAACUCAGACCUCUUCCCCUUUGAAGACCAAGUUCAACGAGGGCAAUUCCGCACCCCAGAGAGUCCUCAACGGUCGCAACGUACUACUCGGAUCACUGCUGGACGGCACCUUUAAUUGCGCGGCCGUUGUCGAUGAAACGAGUAUAAUCAUAUGCUCUGAGGCCGGCGACGUCUGUGUGGUGGAGGAUGACGGCAAACAGACGAAACUCGUUAGGUCACUCACGGUCGACUUCCCGAUAACUUCCAUCACUAUCAGACAUGCCACUGCAUACCUCUCGGGAAAGGCGGGUCAAUUUGCGACUCUCAGCGUCAAAGCCGUCCUCGACAGUCUCCCAGACGGUAUCUUAUCGAAAAGCGUCGCGCCCGCUGGUCUGGUAGCCAUGGGUUUCUUGACAGAAAACCUCGUAACUAUCGACGAGAAGCACACAGUAGACAUUUGGAGCUCGAGCUACCAGCCGGGGCAGCUGGAGAAAGACCCAUCGCACGUUUCUAUUCCGGGCCACGGAGACCAGAUCUUGGGCAUUCAAUCAAUGCCAAAGCCGAACGACCAAGGUGCAGAUUUCUUCACGUGGUCCGGCUCUGGCAAAGUCAUUUUUUGGGAUAUGAAGGGCAAGAUCAAGUGUUCCUUAGAUAUACCCAUUGAACAGGUCAUCCCUGAGAGCGAGAUGGAACCGGUCAACCAGCUCAACGUGGUCCGAGCGACUAGGGCUGGGAAGAUGCUUGUAGCGGCCGACAAGUUUGGCGUUCUUAGGAUUAUUGACCUGUCUACGAAGGAAUGCCUGCUUGAGACGAAAGCCCAUUCGUCCGAUUGCCAGGGCGUCAGCAUCUACGAAGAUGACACCAAGUUCUUACUGGCUACUUGCGGCAGGGACAGGACCGCGCAACUUUUUCAUCGUACAUCAGGUGGAGACUUCCGGCACUUCCAAACACUGGAAUUCGCUGCCAGGGUUGUUCAAGUGUUAAUUCCAUCAGAGGACAAGAUAAUGACAUGUUCCAUGGACAGGACAUUGCAAACCUACGACAUAGUCUGCAAAUUGGACGAGGAAGACGAGCUUGCUGCUCUUCCUUCUCGGGCAAACACUCUCAAGGCAGCGCCGACUUCGUUCGUUCUGGGCCAGGAUGACAGAACUGCAUUCGUCUCCAUGCUUGACCGAUCAGUCUGUCAAUAUGAUCUAUCCAAUGGCAGGCUUCUCCACUGCUUCAAGUGUGUUGAUGAGAGCGGAGCCGAAACUGCCAUUCUGGAGUCUCUCAUUUUCACUCAGCCCGCCGGGAAAGAAUCGGGCUUUUUACUGGGUAUAUCAAACACGGACAAAUCCGUCCGUCUUUACGACGCUCAGUCCGGUCUCUUUGUAGACAGGGAAUGGGGCCACACAGAAGCUAUCAACGGCGUCACGUUGACCGACGACGAAGAUGGCUGCCAAAGGGUCAUCAGCGUAGGGUCUGACGGGACCGUGAUGCUUUGGUCCAUGGAAGCGGACGACACUGCUCCUUUGUCUACAAGUAGAGAUCCGUCACCAAUGAAAGACGGAUCUGCUUCCACCAGACCGCCACUGCGACGAGUCCUCUCCAAAGCGGAGCUGGCCGAGUUUCAACGCCCAUCUUCCGCACAGGGCGGUCGGCGCUCGCCGCCCAGGACCAUUCGGAGUCGGACGUCUCGGUACGGCCUAAGCAACAACGCCGUGAGCACGCCCAAGACUGGCAUGCAAAGCAGCCCGCUAGCCGAAGAUACACCAUCCCGACGGUCGUCAGGGUCUGGCAGCCCACCCAUUAGUCCGAAGUCGAGGGCAUCUAGGCGGCCCUCGCUGCCGUCGUUGGGCCUGCCGCCAAAGAAGAGCUCGCCCAACUUGCGCGGGUUUGGUAAUCUCAACAUGGCUACAGAGCAGGCGUGUCGUACGUUGCGGGCUUAUAGAAAGAAGCUCUCCUCUACGGAGCCUCUUAGCGAGGACGUCAUCUUUGAAAUCGACCAAGAGUUGCGCCUAACAACUGCCGCUCUCGGUGACAGGGCCACCAGGACCAAAGCCAUGCACGAUUCUGCCCUUUUGAGCGAUCUCCUAGACCAGUAUGAGGAGCGUCUGGCCUCCAUGCUCGAUGAAAAGCUGCGGAAUACAUUCCAAGGGAGAGAGGUACAGACUCCAAGCGAUGAGCGUGAAGAAGAGCUCCUGGCCGUACGGCCUGAUACUGCCGGCGGCGGAACCACUUCGGCAUCAUUUUCUUAA